UUGGGCGUAUUUAUACGCAUUUAUUUGAGGGAUUUUAGAAUGUUUUCAAUGCUUAAUUCGUGUUAAAUAUAAUCUUUUGGAUAUGGAUUAUGGUCUUAUGUGAAUUUUGAUGGUAUUUAAUAGGUUUUGAAGAAAAGACAUGAUUUUGAGAAGAAUUUUGAAAGCUUGAAGUGGUAGAGAAUGAAGGCUGUGCGGACAAGGAUUAAUGGGCUGGAUCUUUGAUUAUUAUUAACUGAUCAUAUUUAAAUUGUUUUGGGAUUGGGAAUAGUUCCAAAUUUGGACCUUUGCACCACUUUUCCCUAUUAGCUUUUACGUCAUUAGACUAGUUGCCUAGUUGCCUAAUUAGACUUGUUUUAGUUGCCUUAUUAGACUAAGGUUUUGAUUAUUAGAUAGUAUAUAUAAUGGUAUUCAGCACACUUUAAUCACAAUACAAUAUAUCACAUAGCUUCUGCAACUUUGGAGAGCAGAAUUCUGGACGCAAGUUUUGGAGCAAUUCAAGCUUUAAUUAGAUAAAUUCUCGCCAGUCCCUUGGGAGACGAUCUUGCUUACUGCUAUCUGCGCAGUGUGGGCAUACCGGCUGACUGCCGGAUAUUUUUGGUGUAAAACGACGCACCAAAUUUUGGCGCCGUUGCCGGGGAUUUGGUUUUAAGCAGGAUUUUACUGAUUUCAGUCUGUCUUUUAUUUUUAGUUAUUUUAUUUUUAGUUUAUGCCCCGUUCUUCUCGUACAGGCAUAUUAGUUUUUGAUCCAGAAAUCGAGAAAACCGCACGAAAGUUAAAGAAGCAAGCUAAGGAGUGGAAAAAGAGAUCAAAUUCUGCCCCAUCAAGUCUUGAGGAACAACCAAAAAUAGAAGUUCCAAUGGAUGACCGUGAUGAGGACGAUAGAGAGAUCGUGGAUCCUCGACAGGAAAGACCUCAACUGAUCAGAGAGUUAGGCCGUCAUAGAAACAAUCGCCCUUUGUGCAUUGUCCUUCCUGCCAUUAAUGGCAACGCUGAAAUACGGCCUGGUUUCAUUCAAGUGCUACCCAAGUUCGGUGAUUUACCUGGAGAGAGUGCACACAAGCAUCUGGCUGAAUUUGAUCUAGUUUGCUCAACUCUACGCCCUCAUGGUUUUACUGAAAAUAAUUUGAGGCUCUUGACUUUCUCUCAUACUUUGCAGGGUAGAGCGAGAGAUUGGCUUUUUGAUCUUCCUCCUGGUUCGAUUAGAACUUGGGGAGAUUUAGAAGAACAAUUCUUGCGAAAAUUCUUUCCUGAGUCCAGAGCUGCAAAUUUGAGAAUGGCCAUUAGCAGCAUUAAACAGAAGAAGGCGGAGAGUCUAGCCGAUUAUUGGGAGAGAUUCCAACAGCUGUGUCGCAAGUGUCCUGAUCAUGGAUUUUCUGACUACCAAUUGCUUACUAACUAUUUUUAUCGUGGUAUGUCUUCUUUUGAUAGGAAAAUUGUUGACGCUGCUUGUGGUGGAAGCUUGACCAAUAAAACUUUGGACGAAGCAAAGCAACUCAUCGUUGACAUGGUUUCAAAUGGCCAACAAUAUGAGGAUGAGGAUGAUGAUCGUUAUAGGCCAGUGCAGAAAGUAGAAGAUUCCAACAUGAACGAGAGAAUUGAUGCUCUCACCUCUUUAGUUAGAGGACUUGCUGUCUCUAAAACUCAACACGUUCAAUGUGGAAUUUGCUUUGAAAAUAAUCAUCAUACUGAUGCAUGUCCAUCUCUGCAGGAUAAUAAUACUGAGCAAGCGUGCAUGGGAUCCGCUGAUGAGCAAGAGAUGAACGCACAAAGGCAAAGGCGAAACGACCCUUUUUCCAACACCUACAAUCCAGGGUGGAGAAACCACCCAAAUUUUAGGUGGAGACAGCAGGAACCAGGGAUGUACGCGCCAAAUCCGCCGCAGGCUGGACAGUAUGCCCAUACCGCACGUCCUGCACCGAGUUCUGCACCCAAUAUGAACGAUAUCAUGAAGAGCCUCGCCCAGAGCAGUGAAAUUGUGAAGAAUUUGGUGCAAAGUCAGCAGGCAUUCCAGCAUGAAACUCAGGCAGCGUUGAGUAAUAUGGGCACACAAAUCACGCAGUUAGCCACUCAGGUGAACAAGCUGCAGGCGAAUCAAGGUCGACUUCCUUCUGUCACGGAGAUGAAUCCCAAGGAAAAUGCAAGUGCUGUAACUACAAGAAGUGGGAGAAUUCUAGUUGAGCCACAACUUAAGCAGCAGGACAAAGAAGAAAAGCCCGAUGAAGCCAAGGACGAUGCAAUUAGUGAGAAGUCACCAGAAUCCACCGAGCCUAGCUCUUCUAAGGUAAGUGGAAAACCUAAGGUUUCAAUUCCUCAAUCACUGAUUGCACCACCUUUUCCUUCUAGGUUGGCUCAGAACAAGAGAAUUGAAGAAGAGAAGGAUAUUCUGGAAAUAUUCAAGAAGGUAGAAAUAAACUUGCCCUUGCUUGAUGCAAUUAAGCAAGUUCCCAGGUACGCAAAGUUUUUAAAAGAGUUAUGCUCUAAGAAAAUGAAGUUUGGGAAUGAUGCGAGAAUUCGAGUGAGUGAGAAUGUUUCUGCUGUUCUGCAAAGAAAAUUGCCCCAAAAGUGUCGAGAUCCUGGUAUGUUCACUAUUCCAUGCAUUAUAGGUAAUAAGACUGUUGAGAGAGCCAUGCUAGAUUUAGGAGCAUCCAUAAAUGUCAUGCCUUAUUCUAUGUAUAAGGAUUUGCAAUUAGGACCUUUGAAAGACACUCGUGUUAUCAUUCAGUUAGCUGAUAGGUCUACUGCAUAUCCCGAAGGUGUUGUUGAGGAUGUCCUUGUCAAGGUCAAUGAUUUGAUUUUUCCUGUGGAUUUUUAUAUUGUUGAUAUGGAUGAUUCUGCUAAGCAAUCCUUGAUUCUUUUAGGGAGACCAUUCAUGAAAACUGCUAAGGCAAAAAUUGAUGUGGAUAGUGGAAUGCUUAGCUUUGAAUUUGAUGGAGAUGUUGUCACAUUUAAUAUUUUUGAGGCUAUGAAGCAUGUUGAGGAUCCUGAAUCUGUGUUCAUGAUUGAUGUUAUUGACCAUUUGGUUGAGGAAUUUGUUGAGAAUUUCAGGGAGGAUGAGCUUGAGCAUGUUAUUUUCAGUUCCCUAACUGAAGAGAACUCCAAAACUGAGGAGAAUGAAGCCAUUAGAGAGAUUAUCAUGCAGCUGUACUCAACGGAGGAAAUUCCAGUUCGGCACCUGUCGAGCAGGAUGCCCAUACCGACCAGCACAGAACCGAUUUUGCCCUCUGUUGUGAAGCCACCGAAGCUGGACUUGAAGGUACUGCCCCAGCAUCUGAAAUAUGUGUUUUUAGGAGAGGAUGACACGCUGCCAGUAAUCAUCAACAAUGAACUCAGUGCAGAACAAGAGGUAAGGUUGGUAAGUCUUCUUAAGAUGCAUAAAUCUGCCAUUGGAUGGACUAUAGCCGAUAUCAAAGGUAUUAGUCCCUCUACUUGCAUGCAUAGAAUCUUACUUGAGCCUAAUAGUAAGCCGUCUAGGGAUCCUCAAAGAAAAUUGAACCCUGUCAUGAAAGAAGUUGUGCUUAAAGAAAUUCUUAAAUUGCUUGAUUUGGGGAUUAUUUAUCCGAUUUCUGAUAGUACAUGGGUCAGUCCUGUUCAUGUGGUUCCUAAGAAGUCUGGUUUUCAAUUGGUUAAGAAUGAGAAGAAUGAGUUGAUUCCCAUGAGGUUGCAAACUGGUUGGCGUAUGUGCAUUGAUUUUAGGAAGUUGAAUAAUGCUACUAGGAAAGAUCAUUUUCCAUUACCUUUCAUUGAUGAGAUGCUUGAGCGAUUGGCUGGUAAGGAAUUCUUUUGUUUUCUUGAUGGCUACUCUGGAUAUUUUCAAAUUUUUGUAGCUCAGGAAGAUCAAGAGAAAACCACUUUUACUUGUCCUUUUGGCACUUUUGCAUGGCGUCGUAUGCCGUUUGGAUUAUGUAAUGCUCCUGGUACUUUUCAGCGUUGUAUGAUGAGUCUAUUUUCUGACAUGAUUGAGAGUUGCAUAGAAAUUUUCAUGGAUGAUUUUACUGUGCAUGGAGACUCUUUUGACCAUUGCUUGACUAAUCUUGAGCAAGUUUUGCAGAGAUGUGUCGACACUAAUUUGGUGUUGAACUUUGAAAAAUGUCAUUUUAUGGUGAGAGAGGGGAUUGUUCUUGGGCAUGUGAUUUCUGCAAGAGGAGUAGAAGUUGAUAAGGCGAAAAUUGAUUUGAUUGUUAAGUUACCUUAUCCUUCUAAUGUGAAAGAGAUUCGUGCUUUCUUAGGCCAUGCAGGUUUUUAUAGGCGCUUCAUUAAAGACUUCGCAAAGACUGCUCAACCUCUCACUAGGUUGCUUCAUCAAGAUGUGUCUUUUGUGAUCGAUGACAAGUGCAAGGAGGCCUUUGAUUUGUUGAAGAGUAGACUCACUUCUGCCCCCAUCAUUCAGGCACCAAUUUGGGGAGAGCCUUUUGAAAUCAUGUGCGAUGCAAGUGACUUUGCCGUUGGAGCAGUGCUAGGGCAGAAAGUUGGGAAAGAGAGCCAUGUGAUUUACUAUGCUUCCAAAACUCUCAACCCGGCUCAAUGCAAUUACACAACCACGGAGAAGGAGCUUUUAGCCAUCGUUUUUGCUUGUGAAAAAUUUAGAUCUUAUUUGAUUGGCUCUAAAGUUGUUGUUUAUUCUGACCAUGCAGCUCUUAAGUAUUUGCUCUCUAAAAAAGAAUCUAAGCCUCGCUUGAUCCGUUGGAUUCUUCUUUUGCAGGAAUUUGACUUGGAGAUUAAAGAUAAAAAGGGAGCCGAGAACUUGGUAGCUGACCAUUUGAGCAGAUUGCAGACUGUGUCGGACGGUAUGCCCAUACCAGACGAUUUUCCAGACGAACAGCUGCUACACAUCGACGAUAACACUCCUUGGUAUGCUGAUUUGGUUAAUUUUCUAACUGCUGGAAUUUUUCCUAAGGGAAUGGAGACAGCCCGUAAGAAUAAGUUGAGGAGCCAAGCAAAAUACUUCAUAUGGGAUGAUCCUUAUUUGUGGAAGACUUGUGCGGAUCAAGUGAUACGACGUUGCAUCCCUGAUGAGGAGGUUCAUUCCAUUUUGAAUUUUUGCCAUGCUCAUGCUUGUGGAGGUCACUUUGGUCCCAAAAGAACGGCACGUAAGAUUCUUGAUUGUGGUUUUUAUUGGGAAAGUAUUUUUAAGGAUUCUUACAAUUUCUGCAAAAAUUGUGACAAGUGCCAAAGAACAGGUAAUAUCUCUUCUCGCAAUGAAAUGCCUCAAGUCCCUAUUUUGGUUUGUGAAAUCUUUGACGUUUGGGGAAUGGAUUUUAUGGGGCCGUUUCCUAGUUCUUUUGGAAAUUCUUACAUUCUUUUGGCUGUUGAUUAUGUUUCGAAGUGGGUGGAAGUGAAGGCCACCCGCACUAAUGACUCUAAAGUUGUUGCAGGGUUCCUUAAAGCUAAUAUUUUUAACAGAUUUGGAGUGCCCCGUGCCAUCAUUAGCGAUCAAGGAACCCAUUUUUGCAACCGCACUUUGGAAGCACUUUUUAAGAAAUAUGGAGUCCACCAUCGAGUUGCCACGGCAUAUCAUCCCCAAUCCAACGGUCAGGCUGAAGUUUCUAACCGAGAAAUCAAGAGCAUCCUUGAGAAAACAGUCAACCCGAGACGAAAGGAUUGGAGUUUGAGACUGGACGAUGCGGUAUGGGCAUACCGCACUGCAUUCAAGUCACCGAUUGGUAUGUCUCCGUACAGGCUGAUUUUUGGGAAGCAAUGUCAUUUACCUGUUGAGAUGGAGCAUAAAGCUUUUUGGGCCGUGAAGGAAUUCUGUUUAGAUGAGAAAGUUGUUGGCAAAGAGCGGAAAUUUCAACUGCAAGAAUUAGAGGAGAUUCGAUUGGAGGCGUAUGAUCAUGCAAGUCGUUACAAGGAACGAACCAAAUUUCUACAUGACAAAUACAUUCGAAGGAAAUCCUUUGAAAUUGGGCAGAAGGUUCUCUUGUUUAACACACGCUUAAGGAUUAUGCCAGGAAAAUUGAAAUCUCGUUGGUUGGGCCCAUUUGAAGUUGUUAGUGUGAGUCCUCAUGGAGCUGUGGAAAUCCAAAGCCUCGAAACACGAAAGUGUUUUAAGGUUAAUGGACAAUUACUCAAGCCAUACUAUGCUGGAGUCGAGAUGGAGUCGUUCAAUGCGCUCAGCCUGACGUCUCCAAUCAUUGUCUAAGGAUUUUGAACUUCUUUUCUGUCCAGCCAAGGACGUUAAAUAAAGGCGCUCAUCGGGAGGCAACCCGAUUUUUCUUGCCCUUGUUUUGUUUAUUUUCGUUUUUUCUCUCUUUAAAAAAAAAAAAAAUUAUUAAAAAAAAAAAAAAAAAAAUUAAAAAAAAAAAAUUAUAAAAAAAAAAAAAAAGCUUUGGGUGUGUUUUGAUCAUUUUCGCAGGUUUGGGGGCCGCAUUGAAGUUACUUAAGAGUUGGGGGACCAAUGUGCAAAAUCUGGAACUAGGAUUUUAUUUUGACAUUAGUCAAAAUUCCUCCCCAACUCUCCCCACGUUUCCCCCUCCAUUCCGCCGCUGCUGCAGUUCCGAACGCCCGCCCACCUCUGCGUACACCGAGUACGAGUCCUCUGCCGGCGCCUCUACCCUUUCCGGUGGCCCAUUCCUCAUCGCCGGAAGCUAAAUCCCCCUCAUCCACCUACAUGAUUCCAGUUCAGGGAAGUUCAUUUCUUUUUGCUUUUCGUUGUUGAAGCUUUCGUUUUCUUUUAGUUGUCUGCUGUUGUUUCUGUUUUGGUCUGUCAUACUCUCACACAAUGAGGACAUUGUGUUGUCCAAGUGUGGGGGGGUGUCUUUGUUUUGUUUGCCUUUUUGCUCUGUUGGUCUGUUGGUUUGGUCUUCGAGUCAGUUUCGAGUCCUUUGGCAAUGUUAUGAUGGAUGAUGUGAAGAGUUGAAAUUAGGAUAUUGGAUUUGGUAUGAUAGGUUGUUGCUCUUGUGAUGGAAUUGUGCAUAUGUUCGUAGGUGUUCUUGUAUGAGAAAAACGUGCAAAAUUUGAUCAAAAUACUUGAAGCCUACUAAAUUGUGAGGAUUGAGCCUUAAUGAGCACACAUGACUAGCUCCAAUUGUUUCUUUGAUGAGUGAUUGAUUCGAACUUCUAUGCUGAAUUUCUGGUUUGCCCUGUUGCCAUAGUCAAGACUGAGUUUGAGAAUUUAAUGCAUGAAAAUGAUUAAGGCAUUUAGGAAUAACCAUUAUUUUGGCCUGAACAUAUGAUCUGAACCUUCACUAUUCCCUUAGUGAGCCCGUUUGUGCCUAAUUUGCUCCUCUUUUGUUUGAUUAAAACCUCACAUAUUUUGAGCCUAAGCCUAUUUCAACCUGCUUUUGUCCUUUGAAAACAUGUGAAUGCACUAGGUUAUGACGAGAUGAGUACUCCUAUCAUGUUAAUGUGUUGUUGAUGAUUCAUUGAUUUAUUGAGAAUAUAUGUUGUUGAAAAAAAAAAUAAUGGUUAAAGAAAAAAAAAAUAUAAAAAAAAAAAAGAGAAAAAGAAAAAAAGAAAGAAAAAUUUCAAAGAAAAGAAAGGGUUUAUUGUGUAUACAUUCAUUCAUGUUUAUGUCCUAUAUGUAUAUGUUAGAGUUGAUGCAUACUUUUUGAGGAUUGUGGAUAUGUUAAGGAGCUACUCUAGAGUUUUAUUGAUGGAAGAUCCAGUGUGUUGCAUGUUUUCAGUCAUAUAUUGAGCCUUUUUGAUCCUUUUUCCUUGUUUAUCCCACCUAUACGCACCCAAGCCCCAUUACAACCAAAAUGCAAGACCUUUUGAUUUGUGCAUUGGUUCCAUAUUUUGGUGGAGAUAGUGACAUAAGGGCAAACUGUGUUUGAAGGCAUAAAGUUGUGAAUUGUGUGAAUAUAUUCUGUCCAUAUUUGUCUUUUGAGAGAAAUUGAGUGAACUUGGUGAGGCAGGAUUGAAUUUGCACAAUUUUGACUUGAAUGAAGAACAUGGCAUAAUUUUCUGAGCAAGAGCAUGGUUAGUGGUUUGUGGAUGAUUGUAUCUUGAUCAAGAUUUUGAGUAUAAUCUAUCAUAUUGUUGCCAAAGCUUUGUUUUUGCUGUUUUGAGUCUUCUUUUGAUCCUUCCCUGUCGUUUUGUUCUUUUUGGUGCUCGAGGGCGAGCUUUGUUUAAGUGUGGGGGGAUUUGAUUGGGCGUAUUUAUACGCAUUUAUUUGGGGGAUUUUAGAAUGUUUUCAAUGCUUAAUUCGUGUUAAAUAUAAUCUUUUGGAUAUGGAUUAUGGUCUUAUGUGAAUUUUGAUGGUAUUUAAUAGGUUUUGAAGAAAAGACAUGAUUUUGAGAAGAAUUUUGAAAGCUUGAAGUGGUAGAGAAUGAAGGCUGUGCGGACAAGGAUUAAUGGGCUGGAUCUUUGAUUAUUAUUAACUGAUCAUAUUUAAAUUGUUUUGGGAUUGGGAAUAGUUCCAAAUUUGGACCUUUGCACCACUUUUCCCUAUUAGCUUUUACGUCAUUAGACUAGUUGCCUAGUUGCCUAAUUAGACUUGUUUUAGUUGCCUUAUUAGACUAAGGUUUUGAUUAUUAGAUAGUAUAUAUAAUGGUAUUCAGCACACUUUAAUCACAAUACAAUAUAUCACAUAGCUUCUGCAACUUUGGAGAGCAGAAUUCUGGACGCAAGUUUUGGAGCAAUUCAAGUUUUAUUUCUUUCA